AUGAACAAAAUAAAAACAUCAUCUGAAAAAAGUGUUUCUACUAGUUCUCGGACUAUGUCUCUGCUGUCACAGCUGGAGAAGAUCAAUUUGGACUCUGUAUUAGGAGAAGCAGACAAUGCCAGAUAUGUUACCUCAAAGAUUCUUCAUCUGGUUCAGAGUCAAGAAAAAACCAGGAAGGAGAUGACUUCUAAGGGCUCCACUGGAAUAGAAGUUAUCCUGUCAACCCUAGAGAAUACAAAAGAUCCUCAAACUAUUCUAAAUAUAUUGAAUAUUCUCAUUGAGGUGGUCUCAGUUGGUGGUGGUCGGAGAGCAAGUGUCUUAGUCACUAAAGGAGGGACACAGAUCUUAUUGCAGCUGCUUUUGACUGCCAGCAAAGACUCUCCACCAAAUGAAGAAUUAAUGGUGCUUGUUCAUACUCUUCUUGCAAAAAUUGGUCCAAAAGACAAAAAGAUUGGCAUAAAAGCAAGAAUUAAUGGUGCCCUGAACAUAUCAUUGAAUUUAGUGAAGCAGAAUUUGCAGAACCACAGGCUAAUAUUGCCAUGUCUUCAAGUAUUAAGAGUUUACUCAACCAACUCUGUAAAUGCAGUGUCCUUGGGAAAGAAUGGAGUAGUAGAACUGAUGUUUAAGAUCAUUGGCCCUUUUAGUAAAAAGAACACUAGCCUUAUGAAGGUUGCUUUAGACACACUUGCUGCAUUGCUAAAAUCAAAAACAAAUGCCAGGAGAGCAGUAGACAGAGGAUAUGUGCAGGUGCUUCUAACGAUUUAUGUUGAUUGGCACCGUCAUGAUAGUCGACACAGGUACAUGCUGAUACGUAAAGGAGUUUUACAGUGCAUUAAAAGUGUUACAAACAUCAAAUUGGGAAGAAAAGCAUUCAUUGAUGCCAAUGGAAUGAAAAUUCUUUACAACACUUCACAAGAGUGCCUUGCAGUAAGAACUCUUGAUCCCCUUGUCAACACAUCCAGCCUAAUAAUGAGAAAAUGUUUUCCCAAAAAUCGUCUUCCUUUACCAACUAUUAAGAGUGCUUUCCAUUUCCAACUCCCAGUUAUUCCUGCCAGUGGUCCUGUGGCUCAGUUGUACAAUUUGCCUCCUGACGUUGAUGAUGUAGUAGAUGAAAGUGAUGAUAAUGAUGAUGCUGAAACAGAAUCAGAAAUUGAAAUUGAAAAUGAUGACGACAAGGACCAACAUUUCAAGAAUGAUGAUAUUGAGACUGAUAUUAAUAAACUGAAACCUAGACAGGAAUUGGGAAGACCCAUAGAAGAACUGAAAAUGUAUGAAAAAUUUUUCCCAGAACUUUCAGAAAACUUUCAGGAAUGUGAUUUGGUUUCCAAGGAACCAAAGCCUUUUGUACCUGAUGCAAAUCUGAGCGGACCUAUUGUUGUUCCUACAGCAGAGGAGGAGCACUCUGAUGAAGCAAAUCAGUCAAUGAAAGGAGUUGCUUUGAAGAAGACCAAUCCUUUAUUGACAGAGGAAUACAAUAGAAGGCCAGCCUUUCUGGAACUACCAAAGAAAGACAGUAUGAAUGACAACAGUUUACAUCAGCAAAAUGAUCAAAGAAACCUGCUUCCAUCAUGCCAGUGUCUAAGCCAAGAAAUUGUGAAAGGCUUGGACAGAAUCAGUCUGCAGAACAGUGCAAAAAAUGAUCAGUAUUACGGUACAGGGUGUGUCAUAAAGAAGGAAAGCAAAACGAGCCUUACCACACUUGCUUGUAGUAAACCUUGCGAACACGUUUCACCCUGUGGAAGUAGCCUCUUUGAAGGAUCAUCUGUCCAGCUGGGAAAACUCUGCUGCACUGGAGUAGAUUCGGAGGACGAGGAGGAUUCCAGAUCUAGUUCAUCAGGGGAACAAGUAAUACUUGAGGUUUCGGAUGUAUCACCAGUUCAUGACUGUGAUCUUUAUAUUGAAAUGGUAAAAACCACAAAGUCUAUUCCUGAAUAUUCAGAAGUGGCCUAUCCAGAUUAUUUUGGCCAUAUUCCACCCCCAUUCAAGGAACCUAUUCUGGAAAGGCCAUAUGGGGUGCAGAGGUGA